AUGCAAGAGAUGGGUCGCGCAGGGGCAUCAACAGCAACUCCAAUAAACAUUGAUUUGAUGGUUAUGCGCCGUACUACCCGGCAGGAUGUUUUGGAUGAACAAAUCACAGCAGCUACUUUUGGAAAGGCAUCUUUUGAGGCAUCUUUUUCGUCUCGGUGUGAAAAUCUCCAGAUGGCUCGCACUAAGCAAACUGCCCGGAAGUCCACUGGUGGCAAGGCCCCGAGGAAGCAGUUCGCAACAAAGGCCUCUCGCAAAAGCGUGCCGGCGACUGGUGGUGUGAAGAAGCCUCAUCGGUACGGGCCCGGUACUGUCGCACUGCGCGAAAUUCGUCGUUACCAGAAGCCCACUGAGCUCUUGAUCCACCAACUCCGCAGUAAAGACCUAGCUAAGCGGGCUAGCUAA